AUGACGGGCAUUGCGUGCCUCGUCUUAUUGGCCGCGACGGUGUCGACGCGCCGCAUUCAUGACCUCGAUUUGCUCUCGUACCACCGCGUUGCGAGUGCGACGUGGGUGGGUCGCCCACUGCUCUUUCUACGGGGGGCGACCGCGCUCAUCGUGCUUGGCACCGCCCCUCUCUCGUUUGUCUCGACCAAUGGUAUCUCUCACUUUGUCUCGACGCCGCGGUCGAUGUUGGAUGUGAUGGUGCUCGCGGGCGAGGCAAAUUGGGUCUCAUAUGUGCUGGUGGAUUUCCUCUUGCCACUGCUGGGGCGCCGGGCACGCUGGUAUGCGCCCCUUGGCGCUGCCAUCUCGUGGCUGGCCACCAUUCUCUUGGAGAUAUGUUGGCCGUUUGAAGCGAUUGUGACGGUGCAGCAGUCGUGCACUGUGGUGAUGCUCGGCCUCGAUGCGCGCUGUUCGGGGGGCAGCGUCCAAAUCGGGAGUCUGCACCGACUGUACCUGAUUUGCAGCCUCCAAUUUGCGUCAUUGGCCCUCGCCGCGCUCAUCGUGCGGCUGUGGCUCAUGACCAACGAAGUGCGAGACCGUGGCAGCGAUCUCUUGCCGGCCUCCGCCCAGGUCUUUCUAAGUGCGAGUCAACGCCCCACGUGGUUUCGCGACCCGACAACGACGCUCAUGGCCGGUAUUCUGCCGUUCGGACGACGCCACUUUCAUGUCAACCUCUGGCAAUUCGUGCGGCCUUCGCUGUGGCCGUCGUUAGGGACGCACGCGACAGGCCCCGAGACGCCAUCGCUCUCGAAAGCGUGGCACGUCAAGCCGCGGACACUGCUGGGUAUCGUGUACGUACUCUCGACAGUCAUUGGCAGCCUCUUUUACAUUUAUGUCUCGACGGACGCCAUGACCAACGACUUUUGGUGGGCCUCGUUCAACACGUCGGGCCACGGCACCUUUCUCGCAACCCUCUUCACGCAGCAGCUCCAGACCACAUUUUCGAUCCCACAUCUGGAUCUGACCAGACUCGACUGGAGCGACAACUCGAACCGGUACAAUACGUCGGCCACGUCGUUCUCGGUCCCGAUGCUGUACGCGUCCAUGGUCCAGAACGAAGUCAACACGCUCCAAGCGGUCAUUGACGGUCUCCGCCGCAUGGACGGGUGUCUCUUGCCGUGGAUCGCGACGACCUACUGCUACGUCGACUUGAACCGAACGUGGGAGCUGGCCGUGUCAUCGUACCGCCAGUCGGUUUGUGAUAUGGCCAACGGCGCUGUGUAUUUAGAGCCGAUCCUGCGCAACGGCAACCAAGGAGAUCUCGAGAAAUGUUGGGGUGCGUCACUGACAAUCGGUGUCUUUGACUAUCUCGAGACCACACAGUACGGUCAGAUGUGGCGUCAGUCGCUCCGCCGCCCUCCUCUUUCGAUUGCCGACGAAGCCAUCUACUGGCAAACGCACGGUCUUCGCUUCUACGAGACCCAGUGGCAAAACUACAAGUCGCUUGGCGUCAUCGAAACGUACUCGGUGGCCAACGCGCUGGGCUUUGCGUAUCCUCUCACAAUCAAGUCGUCCAACGGGUCGCUGCACACGACGCAGCAGACGUCGUUCAAGAUGCAAUGGCCGCUCGCGAGUCUGCUCUGGGCAAUCACAGUCAACAGUAGUGGUCUUUCUGGGAGCAGUCUAGUGCGUCAGAGCCCUCGAUUUGCGUUUGCCAAUCGCACGAUCGCGUCGGUCUUGGCCAGAAACGGGUCCCUGACUUACCCUCUGGACAUUGCCUUUGACAUCGUCGAGCGGACGCUUGGCCCCUUCGGUACUAUCUCGAUGCGCCGCGUGGCGUAUCCGGACGUGCUCGUCAACUGGAGUCGGUCGCUCACAGCCCGUUUCAGCGCCGAUAUGGUGCUCGCGAGCGGCGAGUUUGCUUCUGCUUUCGAGUCCAUUGGCGGUGGUCUUAUCGACCUGAGCAUGGCGCCAGCAGCCUGGGGCGUGAACGGGCAUGUCGGCGGGGACCUUCUCUGUCCGACGCAACCGCCGUCCGAAAGCGUAUGCAUGUUCUACACCAAUCAAGGCGCUUGCUCGGUCAACAUGGAGGACACGCUGAGCGUCGACGCGGUCAUGGGCUGUAUCGCGCUCUUGGCAGUCGGGCCGGACGUCAACGUCACACGCUCGUGUGAUGAGAUGACGCUGGCGGCGUCGACGCCGUGUCGCACGUUUUUGGAGGCGACCACCGUCUGCCCCUCGUACUGA